GCGCCGGACGAAAGACUGAUACGGGUUAUCUGGUCGGAAAAGUGCCAAAGUACCGGGCAUCGUGAUUUGAUUGAAGGCGAAUGUUUCAAAGUCUGGACUCAUCAUGGUUGGUGUGUUGUGGGUGGUUUUGCUUCUAGCGAUCAUCACGAUCUUGAUACGUCGAUUUUGGAAGGAAAAACUCAAAUUUGCCGCAGGAAUCGCGCGGGCUGAGCCUAAUUAUCCGAUUUUGGGUAAUCUACCGACUACUUUAGGGAAAGGUCCUAAUGAAAUGUUUACGGUUCUGAAUGAGUGGUUCAGGCCUCAUGAUCGCAUAUUUGCAUGUAAAUUUGGCCCUUUGUUAGCCAUCGGAGUGACACAUCCUGAGUUAGUUCAAAAAGUUUUAAAUCACCCCGAUUGUCAGGAAAAACCAGAUGUGUACAAAGUCGUUAGACUUCCUAGUGGAUUGCUAGCUGCCAGAUACGAAACAUGGAAGGGGCACCGAAAAUCGUUAAAUUCAACUUUCAACAUCCGAAUCUUGCAUAGUUUCCUGCCAAUUUUCAACGAUUGCUCGCGAAAACUGAUCAGUCGGCUAGAAAAAUACGCCGAGUCCGGAUCGACCUGCAACAUUCUCGAGUACAUCUCCGAAUGUACCCUGGAAAUGAUCAGUCGAACUUCACUCGGUGGGAAAGCCCUCGAACGCGAGGGUCGUCAAGAGUUCAUUGAAAGCUUGGAAGUGGCACUUACCACGUUAGGCAACCGAAUAUUCAACUUUCUGCUGCACAACGACUUCAUCUACCAGUUCACUGAACUCUACCGAAACGAAAUGAAAGCCAUCGCUAGCUGUCAUAAAUUUACAGAUAAGAUCAUUGCUGAAAAGCGAUCGGAAAUUGCAAAGCUUCUGGACGAAAACGGAAACUUGAAGGGAGCUUCCGGUGAAGACGAUGGUGGCGAGUUCAAACGGCCUCAGAUUUUCAUCGAUCAGCUUAUGAAAAUUCCCCUUACGACGGCUGGAGCCUACAAUUUUUCUGAUCAAGAAAUAUCUGACCAUAUCUACACCAUGAUCGUCGCGGGCAACGAAACAUCGGCUACACAACUGUCUCACGCAUGUUUGCUGCUGGCUAUGAAUCCGGAUGUUCAAGAGAAAGCUUAUCGGGAAGUUCAGGAAGUCGUUUCGUGUCCAGAAGUUCUGUUGGAAAUGGAUGUGCAGAAAGAUUUGGUUUACGUUGAAGCUGUGCUGAAGGAAGCAAUGAGAUUGAUACCAGUCGCUCCUAUUAUUGCUCGUGAAAAUUUGAAAGAUAUUGAGCUGGAUGGCCAUCGAAUACCGAAAGGAAAUAUACUGAUCAUGAAUUUCUUCUCGCUACAUCGAAGAGAGGACAUCUGGGGUAAAGAUCCGGAGCGUUUUGUUCCCGAACGCUUUCUUGGGGAGGAGGCCAAAACGAGACAUCCCUAUGCCCACAUGCCGUUCAGUGGAGGACCACGUGGUUGCAUUGGAUAUCGAUAUGCAAUGAUGAGCCUGAAAAUAUUGCUGUCGUUGAUUUUGAAAAAUUAUGAGCUAUCGACUGAAAUCAAGUACAAUGACAUCAAAUACCACUAUCAAAUUUCGCUGAAUUUAGCUUUUCCACACGCUUUACAGUUGAGACGUCGAAAUUGAAAUUAUUUUUAUCAAAUCACCUAACAAAGAAACAUACUUUGGGU